AUGUACGGUCAUAUUCAGCCAAACGCAGUGCCCUCUCCGCAAAUGGUAAGUCAAUAUUGUACAGGUUUGUAAUAAAAACGAGAAUGAGUUUACCUGUAUGCAUUUAUUGAGGAGUUACGCAUUGAAUUACUCUUCAGGGAAGUGAGCAUGUUGUCUUUUUCACGCCUUCACCUGGUUUAGCACCAUCUCCAAAUCUUUAUGCAGCACCUGCACCGAUAGCUCCUACUCCAAUGCAGUUUCCAGCUCAGCCUCCUCCUCAAGUCACUGGUAUUUCUGUAAGUAUUAAUAGUCAGCGGCUAGACAAGACAGUUUCUUUAAACUCGAGGGUGUGGAACUUUUUACAGCUCUAGCGUUCGUCCAAUAGCUGAUGUUCUGUCAUCUUACCUCCGAAGACGACUACCAGACAGUACUGAACUGUCAGUUUCUGUCAACAACAAUCCUAUUCAGAACUCACACACACACACAAUCAUAUUCCACUUAACCAUGAUAUGCACAAUUGAAUAAUUGUUAAAAGUGGAGCCAUUGUGGACAUUUCUAAUCUUAAGAUUGCUAUGGUAACAUGCUAUGUCAAGAAAUUGGCAAUAACUUGGUUCUCUAAUGAUUGGUGAUGUAAAGCAAUAAGAUUGUUUUGACCAAUAAUUACAAGUAGAUCUGUUGGAUUUUCUGUUGCUGGCCAGCUCUAAGCUUUUGUUUGAUAAUUCUCUCACUGGUCCACUAGAUCUACCUCUAAGCUGUAAACCUGGCCGGAAGAACUGACUUCUACUUGACUGACAACCUUCUUUUGCUAAUGAUUGAAAAUCCAUGCAGAUUUACUUAAUCUUGAUACAGUUAAAUGAUUACUCUACCUUCUUUUGUUAAUAAUUGAAAAUCCAUGCAGGAUUACUUAAUCUUAAUACAAUUAAAUGACUACUCUGACAUAACAUAACAACAAAAAUAAUAAGGAUUUUUUCUUCAUUUCAUUCGUUGUUUGUAGCCAUCAGCUUCUUACGGAUGUGGUCCAGUUAUAGGCCUUCAAGUGCCAAUGUGGGCACAUAUUCCACAAACUCCUCAAGCUGCAGUCAUAGGAAACAUGAUGCCUUACCCUACACAACCAUUGCAAUACCAACCUUGUUUUGUUCCUCCAGUUCAGCCCUCCAACCAUGGCAUGUACUUCAACAAUCAAGUACAGUCGUACAGCUUGAUGCCACAACCGUACUUACCUGUACCAACUAAUAGAGGAUUCAGACAACCAGUUGGAAUGAGGCAGCCAUCAAAUAUGCCAUAUAUAAUGCAACAAGAUUAUAUGCCAGUCACACCCCCCAUGGGUAGUACUGGUAUAGCACCUCCUCAGCCUCCUCAGACACAUCCAAGACCCCCAGUGUAUGAACUAUCAUGUGUUCAACAAGCACAGCAGUAUGCACCCCAGUGUUCCAAGCCACCAAAAUAUUUUUCUGCAUUUGUCCAGAAAAGAUCUGGAAUCUUAAGUCAGGAGGCAUAUUACCAACACUCAGAGACAAACCUUGGUCAUAUUGAUACGUGCGAGGAAAAAGAAACACCAAGACUACCAGCAAAGUCAGAUGAACAGUGUGGAAAUCCUGAUGUUCAUCCAUUACAAGAGGAAGAGUCAGCUGAAGUAAACAAACAAAUAAUUGAUGCAAAUUCACUUUCAAUUAGCCCAGUGGAACGAGGUCCCACACCUGAUCCUGUCUUAUUGUUAGGUAACUCGGAAUCCCCAGAGCCUAUUCCUACCCGUUCACCAAGUGAGACUACUUUGGUACCAAGUCCACCAUCCUCAGAUGAUGAAAGAGAAACAGUAUGCAACAGCCCAUUGUCCCUGUCAGACUGUGAGGAAGAGGCUGAAUUAACAGCUACAGAGGAUGAUAACAUUCCUACUAAAGACACAAGUGGUGCUUGUUCUUCUAUCCAAAAGUUGGAACCUGAGCAGCCUUAUGACAAUGAAAUAAUCAAAGAGAGCUCUGAUUCACUCAAUCAAGAACACCAUAGCUUCAAUAAACCCAGAGUACAAACCAUGUGUUCACCUUCCUUUCUAAUCAAAGGAGCUGAUGUUGCAGCUCUUCAUCCUUCAGUCACUAGUUCUGCAAAUAUCUGUAGCUCUAAUACCCCAGAGAGACAUACCAUCAGUGCUAAGCCAAUAAGGUCACAUAUUGACACACCAAUGUAUAACACUGGUCAUAGUAGAGUCUUAUGUCAGUUAUCACAUGCAACUGGUACUUCUCGACAAUGUAACAGAGCCACUAAACGUCCUUUGACAACUCACUUUAGGCAGCUAUUCAAGCCCAUACCAUACAAUGACAAAGAGGAAGAAAAUGAUGGUACAGAUUAA